GUGCAUCUGUUAUGCAAAUUGCUCUUUAAUUAUUAACAUAUUAACACUUGAAAGUUUGCUAUGUUCUAAGCCCUUCAUAUGCAUUAUCUCAUUGCAUUAUCUCUUAACAGCCUUUGGGCUAUGUAUGGUGAGCAUCUCUUUUUCAUAGACUAGGAAUCAGACACAGAGAGAGAUUACUGUGUCCUGUCCUCAGAGUCAUGGAGUCUGUAUCAGAGCCCAGCGAUGUCACUUCAGUGUUUCACUCUUAACUCCUUUGCUCAAAUACCUUUCAAAUAAAUUGCUUGAUUUUUCUUUCAUCUGUGUUUAUUUGGGGUGGGUUUUUUGCAUGUUGUUUUUCACAGCGUUUCAUCGUUCUCUUUUAGACAAAAGCCGAUAAAAAUUUCAGAACUGAACAUUAUGAAGAACAGAUGGAGGCAUUCAAAAGAAUUGUCCAAGAGAAGACAUCAAAUUUUAAUGCAGAUAUAACUUUAAAACUCACACCUACUGAAGCAAUUGAAAAGUCUAAAAGCACACUUAAAGAAACUCCUGGCAAAAUACACUUGAGUCUUACAAAUGCUGAGGGUAAAUUUCGAUUUACAUAUUCCAAAAAUGAAACUUACCAACUGUUCUUGUCACAUUCUUCUAAAAAGGAAAAAGUGUUUCUGCAUGUGAAAGGAAUAAUUCAUCUGGGGAGAUUUGUGAUGAGAAGUCGGGAUGUCAUGCUGACAACAACUUUCUUGGAUGAUAUAAAAGCUCUGCCGACUACCUAUGCAAAGGGGGAAUAUUUUGCAUUUUUGGAAACCUAUGGAACCCACUACAGUAGCUCUGGGUCUCUAGGAGGAUUCUAUGAACUAAUAUAUGUUUUGGAUAAAGCAUCCAUGAAAGAGAAAGGUGUUGAACUAAGGGAUGUACAGAGAUGCCUCGGGUUUAAUCUGGAUGUUUCUCUGAAAGCUGGACUUGAAGUCGAGGGAGAAAUUAAUAAAAAUGAUUGCUUAAAGAGGGGUGAAGGUGGAACUGUAAACAUCAGUCGUGAUGGCAUCAUAGAUGACGUUAUUUCACUCAUAAGAGGAGGGACCCAAAAAUAUGCCUAUCAACUGAAAGAGAAGCUUCUCAAAGGAGCCAAGACGGUUGAUAUGACUGACUUUGUAAAUUGGGCCACUUCCUUAAAUGAUGCUCCAGUGCUCAUAAACCAAAAACUAUCUCCUAUAUAUAAUCUGGUUCCAGUUAAAAUAAAAGACGCACAUCUAAAGAAACAAAAUUUGGAAAAUGCCAUUGAAGAUUACCUCAAUGAAUUCAGUGCGAGAAAAUGUGACCCAUGCCAAAAUGGAGGUACCGUGAUUCUGCUGGAGGGAGAAUGUCUGUGUUCCUGCCCCAUCACAUUUACGGGGAUUGCCUGUGAAACCAGUAAACGAAAAACUUAAGGAUUUCCAGCCAAAAAAACAAUUAAGCUGUUGACUUCCUUGGGAUCAAACAAAACUAAAAACCAAGACUUUCCAAUUAAGGAUCCUGCCCUUGGAGACAGUUCUUGUUGCCAAAUGAAAAGCAACAUGAACAUCCUAUUGACCUCUGAAAUCUCCGCUCUCAGAUCCACAAGGCUUCUUUUCCUCCUUAAACUCCUAUGUGUUUCCAUUUUUUUAUUCCUGAAUGAGCAGUAGGCAGUACACUAUGCUUUCUCCCAUAGGCAAUGCCAGUCUCUUGUUAACAAACAAAAUUAAAUUAAAAAGAGAAUGUUGGUUUUAAAAGUAAUUGCCAAAGUGCUUUGUAUGAUUAAUAUAUUCCACCAGUUUCAUUACCCCAAGUCCAUAACAUGCAAUUUCAUUCUUGUGUAUGUUGUUGCUUCUUGUUGGGUCAUUCAUUGGUACCUGCAUGCAUUCAUUCAGCAAAUACCUACUGAGUGCCUACUCCAUGCAUAGCACUCUGCUCUUGUUAGUCUUACCUCUCCAGUUUAACUCUGUUUCCAAAGGAAUAAAUGUAUUGUAUUUGUAACAAAAAACAAUUAGGUUAAAUCAUGUGAAAUCGCCUCUAUUCAGUCAUAUUUUACAAAAAAAAAAAAAAAAA